AUGGACUUUGACCGCUUCAUGCAACUUUAUAUGCCUGGUCCUGACCUCCCGUCUGAACUUGAGAUCCCUACCUUCUCGGGCUGCAAGGCGGAACUCGGGAAAUCGAAGGAUUUCGCACAGGUUGAGCUCGUACGUGAUCUCCCUGUGUCCAGUCCAGGCGAGGCAGUUGUUUAUCUUUGUAAACAGUGCAGAGUCGCGCUGGCGAUCUUCGAUAGUUGUCCUUACGGAGAGAAGCUGGCUGCGAGUAACUUGCGCGAUAGCCCAGACUCGAGCGAUCGCAACAGUGCCGCGGCACAGCGCCGAGUCGACUCGGACGUGUCUUUCUACCCGGCGGCGCACAUCGAUGCUAGGGCCGACCACGCGUCUACGCCGGGCAACUUGAUCAAGGACUUCCGCACUUCUAGUCGCUGGGCCUGGAUAUCGUUGUUUGUGGAGAUCAAGACGACUUCGACCCAUCAGUGUGCCUCCGAGUUUGCCGAUAGGGACAACGACCAGGAGAGCGACGACGGGGAGAAUCCUGCGGACGGAAGCGACUACGACGAAUGCCGUGACGACUCGGAUCAGCCCACGGCCGCGGACACAGGCAAGGGGCAGGCGACCAACGCCAGCGACGAUGUGGAGCCAGACGAGAAUGCUCUCUCUGGCCCCAAAGCGGACGAUUCGCUGGAGCGGAUGGCGGAAUGUGUCGGGAAGAUCUUCAAGCGACAACAUCGACUGCAUCUCUUCACACUGCUGAUGUUCAACGGUCAGGCUCGGGUCACACGGUGGGACCGAGCCGGCGCCACCGUCUCUGCGUCGAUCGACUUCAAAGAGGACCCGUCGCCGCUUCACAAGGUCAUCUGGCGCUACGCGUGCAUGGACCAAGAGCGGCGCGGCUUCGACCCGACUGUCGUGCGAGCCACGCAAGACGAGAUCGACGCCAUGCGGGAUUGCGGCGCGCCGAACGAGUGGGUCAGCGAACGGCGUCAUGCUGCGCUCGAUCAGGCUGGAUGGCCCGUGUACAAGAUCAAGAUGCGGACCGAGGACCUCAUUGAUCAGCGGGACCUGCAGCCGCUCACAAAGUGGUCGAGUCCAGAGCCAGAGGACACGGAUCCGCCGGCGAGUGAUGGCGCUUCCUUCAUUGUAGGCAAGCCAUACUUCGCGACCGAUUCCCCUAUCGGGCGUGGUACGAAAGGCUACAUCGCCUACGACGUGUCUCGGAAGCGACUGGUCUUCUUGAAGGAUUGCUGGCGCCCUCGGGUGGAGCACUCGAGUGGUGUGCAAUAUGUGCCAACGCCUAUCGCUGCCGGCGUUGUGAAGAACGACGCGGGUAGCGCACAGGAGACGUCGGCGCAAUGCUGGCAACCUGCGGAUCAGAAGACGACGUGCCGGUGGCCUAUACAAGAACACUAUCGUCUCGUAGUGAAGGAGAUCUGUGAGCCACUGGAGAGCCACAGUUCUCCACGGGAGCUCGUCAAAUGUAUAUUCGAAGCGCUUCAAGCACAUAAACAGGCCUGGGAGUUGGAGCGUUGCCUGCACGGAGAUAUAAGUCCUGCGAACAUCCUCAUACUCCGCUUCAUCGACAUGGAAGGUAUUGAGCGAGUCGUCGGCAUCCUGAACGAUUGGGAAAUGUGCAAACUCAUAAAAGAUGAUACUGUGUUACGACCGGGUCGUACGGGUACGUGGCGAUACAUGUCUGCCAGGCUUCUGCAGGACCCCGGGAAGGUACACGAGGUCGCAGACGAUCUGGAAUCCGUCGUACAUGUCCUGAACUGGAUGUGUCUUCGCUUCGUGAAGCACGCAUUGACUUCGUUCCCCGACGCUCUAAGGAUACAUGUCCUGCAUAUGUACGACCAUCAAAGUGUCCGGAUUGGCGACAAACACCAAGAGAAAAUUGGCGGCGACUUGAAGAAAACCUUUUCGCAUAUCGGUCUUCCGUCCGUCAAAAUCCCAGAUCCGGGCUCGCCUCUGGCCGAGCUCCUCGCCAAGCUUGCUUUGAUGUGCCAACAACACUACGAAGCCGUCGACCCUCGCCCCAAGGCUCGGCCGAAGCAAGACGAAGAGCCACUGGAGCCGAUAUUGGAUAUGCCUUUGCCAGUUCGCAUAAAGCGCCCAAUCAAACAAGUACCCUCAGUGGACGCAUCUGAAACGCUCGCGGAUCACAACGAUAUAUACUAUUAUUUCUACACCGCACUGCAGCAGCCUCUGGCGCAUUGGAAAGAUGUCGUCGGUACAGCAGAUCAAUUCCAAGGUCCUGAGUUCGGUACGAUCGUCGUGUAUUGGCGUGGUCCCGAGCGAUCGAACGUGCACCCCACGGGCCUGAAACGGACAUUGAACGACUUGAAAUCGACUGAUCUGGAGAGGCCCGGUCCUUCGAAACGACAUAGGGGCAGGACGAGUGACUCGGAAGAGGAGGACUGGGAGGAAGAGGACUGGGAGGAAGAGGAGUAUGAUGAAGCGUACGAUGAGGUCGGAGAGUGAGAACUAUGCGAUGUACAUAGUAUGUCUAUCUAGUCUAUGGGUCAUGUCGACUCCGUCACGGAGUUUGUAUCGGUUGUAUCUCAUUAUAUUACCCUACUUGAAGGUG